UCCAAUGUGGCUGUAUUUUCCUUUUGUGUAUGCAUUUUUCUCUUGGGCGGAAAUAUCCUUCUUGCCCAUCUGAAUGCACUGAAUCCUUCUCAGCUUUGUUUUCCCUCUGAUGGAAGAAUCUACAGCUUCUAUUAGCACGGAUUUGGCUCUUCUCAAUGACCAAAGAUGAACCUGACGGGAAAGAGUUAAUUCCACCUCUUCUAGCAAGAAGGUAGAGCUUAAGAUUUCUUCCUUUCUCCUGGAAAAAGCCCUCUCCAUUCAGUCUUCAGCUCUGCUUUCUAGGUAGAAGAAGUGACUUCUCUCUCAGACCUACCUGGAGGAAUGUGAACCAAAAGAGGAAUAGGAGAAGAGCAAGAGGCAGCACAAGCUCCAGACCAAAAGACAAUCCCUGAAAAUAUGAGCUUGGCAACAUUCACAAAAUCCUGGAUACUUUGGAGUUGUGCUGCCAUUGGAAAAACUGGCUUCAUUCUGAGGGGAAAUGCUUUGUCUGCAGCAAAGAGCAUGCCAAGGACUGAAAUGAGAUUGCAUUCUGGAGGAUCCCUAUCAUGAAUCGAUACACAACUAUCAAACAGCUGGGAGAUGGGACAUAUGGCUCUGUCCUCCUAGGAAGAAGUAUUGAAUCAGGAGAGUUGAUUGCCAUUAAGAGGAUGAAGAGGAAAUUUUAUUCCUGGGAGGAAUGCAUGAAUCUUCGUGAAGUCAAGUCCUUGAAGAAACUCAACCAUGCCAAUGUAGUAAAACUAAAAGAAGUUAUCAGAGAAAAUGAUAAUCUGUACUUUGUAUUUGAGUAUAUGAAGGAAAACCUUUAUCAGUUAAUGAAAGAAAGGAACAAAUUGUUUCCAGAAUCCACUGUCAGGAAUAUUAUGUAUCAGAUUCUUCAAGGCCUUGCAUUCAUACAUAAGCACGGUUUUUUCCAUAGGGACUUAAAACCUGAGAAUCUCCUUUGCAUGGGACCAGAACUUGUGAAAAUAGCAGAUUUUGGGCUUGCACGUGAAAUUAGAUCCAGACCUCCCUACACAGACUAUGUAUCUACGCGGUGGUACAGAGCUCCUGAAGUACUCUUGAGAUCCACUAACUAUAGUUCUCCCAUUGAUAUCUGGGCCGUUGGUUGCAUCAUGGCAGAGGUUUACACACUCAGGCCACUCUUUCCAGGGGCCAGUGAAAUUGAUACUAUUUUCAAAAUUUGCCAAGUACUGGGAACACCGAAAAAGAAUGACUGGCCUGAAGGCUACCAGCUUGCAGGCACCAUGCAUUUCCGGUGGCCCCAGUGUGUACCAAAUAACCUGAAGACCCUCAUCCCUAAUGCAAGCAGUGAGGCCAUACAACUCAUGAGAGAUAUGCUGCAGUGGGACCCCAAAAAGCGGCCAACUGCCAGCCAGGCACUUCGAUAUCCUUACUUCCAGGUUGGCCAGGCACUGGGUCCGUCUCAGUGUAUUCGGGAGUUGGGAAAGCAACAGCGAGACCUUCCUGAUAAAGCCCAAAGCCACCUUAAGCCCAUUCCACCAGCACCACCUCCACCUAAAGCACAAGUUGGCCUCUCAUUGAGACCAUGUCAGCAGAGCCAUUCCUCCCAAUCCCUGACCUACCCAUACAAAACGGACUCCUCAAUGAGUGACCACUUAAAGGAAGCCAAGCCAAGCCAGGUGGCCUUGCCAGAAAUUCACACCAAACUUCCUCUGCAGAGAACCGCCAUUGCAACAGAGAAAUCCAAUGGCGAUCUCAAACCAAAGAACCGACAUAAAUGGGGCCACAUUACUGGAACACUAAAGAGUUCUGAAGAGUGGGAUGAUUUGGAAGAGAGUGAUAGGAAUUCUUCCCUCAGCAGAACUGACUUUAAAAACAAAGGGCAGAGUGAUGAAACUCUUUGUAGAUUUGAAAGUAUUUUGGAUCUGAAACCUUCAGCCAGCACAGGGACUGGAAACAGUGCACCUUCCUAUCUUCAACAGGACACGCCAACAUGCCAAAUUUCUUUAGCCAAACAACAUUACUUGAAACAUUCUAGGUAUUUACCUGGAAUAAGCACAAGGAAUAAUUUGGUCUCCAGUUCAAGCAAAGAUUCUGUCCUACCUAAUCCAUGGCCAAGUUCUAGUUUGCCUAGAAAGACGUCUGCAACAGCGAGCGGGAUAACCAGGCUGAACACCAACUGCACAGGAUCAAGUGGGCUGAUGGGUGCUUAUGUCCCUUCCUUUCUGAAAAAAGAAGUUGGCUCUGCUGGGCAGAGAGUGCAGCUGGCACCAAUUCUUGAUCCAUCUCCUGCAGACUCAUCCUCUCAAUACAGUUCUCUGAAGACUAUCAGACCUCACAUUGGGAGGCCAUCAUUUAAUAUGUCUAUGAAAAGCACACCAGGGUUGCUGCCACCCCCACCUCCUGUUCAACCAGUGCACGGAAGGAUUGACUGGUCUUCAAAAUAUGCUGCUCACCGCUGAAUUACGGAAUCGGAGCCCGCACUUCAUGACACUGGCUAAACACCCAGUCUCCUGUAACAUUUCUCCUGUCCAUAUUUUCUAUGACCAAGACAUUUCAGGACCUUUUAAGAGAGUUUACUUUUUAGUUGUAUGUAUUUGAAUGCAGACUUGUAACUUUUUUAUUGUUUUUAUUUUAUGAUUGAGGCAUUUAUUUUCAUAGGACCAAUGCACAUUUGUAUAUCAGCAUAGAAUUGUGGAUUUUAUUUUUAUUUUUUUUGGGUUCUGGGAGCUUUUUUAAAUGAUAAUCUUUGAAAUUCAAUUUUUAGAAAGAAAAGUUUUUUUUUCUUUUUUGACCACAUUUUUAUAUAAGUGAAUAAAUGUAGCAACAAGGCAGUAUUUAAUAUAAUUAAGAUACGGUUAAUAAUGACAUUUACCAAAUAUUCUAUAAGUUAAGUUCUGAAUAUGGUAUGUUGGACAAAUAACCCACUGAGUAUCUACAUUCUUCUGUUAGCUCCAUAACUAAAUAGCCACAAUAAUGGUACUAAGCUUGAUUUUCCUGUAGUAAAAUAUGAGUUGGGCAUUUUGUCUUUUACAUGACUGGGAAUUAUUAGGGUCAGUGUAUUAAAUCAGCAGAGCAGACUCUUGACCCAGAUUGUACAAUUUUAGGAUAUAGGUGGUAAAAUGUAUGUUUGGCAGGGAAAAAGACAUUUGCUGUAAUUAUAUUCUGGGCAGUAUUUGGUCAGACUUCUCUGGAAAUCUACAGUCACAUGUUGGUAUAUUUCACAAUAAGCAUUACUACAUGAUUCUGCUGAUUAAGUAAACUGAUAAUGGAAGUGAGAUCUUAGUGCAGUCAUGUAUUAGGAUGGCCACGUUGUGACCUCAUGCCAUUUCAUACUUAACACUAGCCUCUUUUCACAGUGAAAACUAAAUUUAUUAUAGGGUAUUCUGCUUCAGUUGUGAGCAGUAUGUUUUGUAGGGUAGUAAGUCCUUGGAAAAUAUUUAAAGCAAUAUUAAGUAUGACAAAGCUGGGUUUGUAGAGUAAUAUAAUGAAGUAAUAAAGUAUUAAAAUAAACACCAGCAGCAGCAUCAGAGUUGAAGGUUUUUAUAUAUUCAUAGCCUACAUUUUAUUUUUAAUUCCUUAGCUUUUCUUUUCCCAAAUGCAAUUUUGUUGCUUCAGUAUAAAGUUAAGUAGAAAAAUUAUCUUUCAUAUAAUUAGAGGCUUACUUUCAGGAAUAAGUUGGCAUUGCCUAUUUUUAUAGUAUAAUUUUAGGACUAAAUUUCAUCCUGUCUAGAAAUCAGUAUAAAAUCUUUGUAGACGGAAAUUGAAAGAUUGGAGCUGUGGGAUGGAAAACGGUUUUAAAAUCUAUAGUGCAUUGUUUUAAAGAAAAAAAUCCAGUUGUUGAAGUUCAGUGGCCCUCUCUCUUCUUAUGCAGAAAAAAAAAAUGGAAGAAUUAUACUCUAUGCAUUUCAAUUCACAGAGAAAACCCGAGGCGGUAUCUACUCAGGGAGAAAUAAUAACCCCAGACAAGCAUUUCCGUUAAGUCUUGGAUGUCGCAUCCGCGUCUCUUUCUUAGUGCCGUUUUCUGGACAUCCCAGCCUGUUGCAUGUUAUUUUCUUCUUCUCUUCUUCAUAAAGCAGACACUGUAAAUAGAAAAGCUGUAGUUCAUAUAUGUUAACUCCUUCAUAUUAGGAUGGAUUUAGUUCAAUAGUUGCCAAGGUAUCCAUCUUUGGCGCUGGAUCUGAGAUCUCCAGAUUAAAGCAGGAAAAAAACACGCAUUCGUUCUGACAUCCUGUCGCAUGUCUGCUGCCUCACGGGCUGCAGCAGACAGUUCUUCCUGGUGCUGCUCAGCUUGUGAGAAGUGAGUAUAUAGCUGAACUGUAAGUGUAAAUUGUAAAUUGUAAUUGUUCAACUGUAGCUGAUUACUGAAGACAGGAGUCAGCGUCAAAGAUAGCUAAAGUGCCUUGGAAAGUAGCAUUUUCAAAAAGGCUGGUCCAGCAUUAUCCUGUGAACCUAAGAGAUCAAGGCUUUUUUCCCCCCCAAAAGCUGAUGUGCUAUAAAUUGAUCAGGAUUUAUGCUGAAGACAAAAACAUGAACUCCCCUACCCGUCUAGAAAAUCAACACUGGUAUUGGAUUCUAGGCUUAUUCUAGGCUGUAAGGAAUCUGCACAAUCUAAAAAUAUCUCAUGGUCUGUAACUGAAAUUAGAAACACCAGCUACAUUUGGCCAUUAGUUUUUCUAUGUGGGGAAACAAUUUUAGUGAUAUAAUUUUACAGUGAAUACGAUCUUACAGUGGAAUAUGCACAAAAGCAUUCUGUUCCACUACCAUCCUCAAUAGUUCUUUCUCUCUGGAAGGAAGUAACCUGGAAAGGAAAUAAACCUGAGCCAUUUUUAAAAUUCUGUGAUCUUUUCAAAAAUGCUCAGAAUGUAUGUGCCAGUGAGAUGAUUUCAGAUGUAUGUAUUUGGGUUGUGCAGUGCUUCGUAUUCAGUUUGAAAGAUACACUUCUGAAUACAGGGGAGCACGAAUACCGCACCUCUCUGUGACUCGUUACGGUUCCAUCUGCCUCAACCGGGGAUUGGGGAAACCACCGUGGUUGUUUUAAUGAGGCUCUGACAGGUGUUGUGUUUCUGCUUCUGCACAUUCCAAAGUACCUCUUCCAGAUCAGGCCUAACCCAUUGCACAGCCCUAAUGUGAUGCUAUUUUUAUAGCAACUGAUUAAUGUGUUAUUCUAGAAAUAGGCUGAAAACAAAAACAACAAACAAACUUUUAUAUGUAGUAUUUUAAAAUGAGUUUUCCCCCUUUCAACAGAAUGAAAAUCACCAGUAACUCAUACAGGUUUAUGCUUUAUGUUUUCUAGACUUGAUCAUAUUUUUUUCUUAGUUAGACUACAGUCCCAAGCAGAGUUGGGAAGGGACAACCCAAUGGCCAUUCUAAACAUCUUUUGAAUAAAUAUGCUUUGAAUCAGAAUUGAGAUUAAUAUUGUCUGAUAUUACAUAUUAUAUGUCUGUCUAUGAAGGGUUAUUAUUCACAAGGAAUCUCUGAUUGAGGGUUCUAAUGCUCACCUUCCCAAAUAAUUAAUCUGCUAUAAUUUGAGCAAACAACUGCAAAGGACACACAUGCAUUAAAAAGGCAUUUCUGCUGCCUAAUUAGUGGUAAAAUUUUAUACAUACCAGAUAAAAACUGCAAACUCUACCAUAUAUGCUAGAAAGUAGCAGAUCAGAAGAACCUGAAAAAUAGAUACUCCCCUGCUUUAUUUGUAUGUAUUUUAAAGUAACAUAAACUUGUCUGUUUUUCGUUUAUUUAAACCAACCUUAGUAUAAUUACUCAUUGUAAUGCCUACUAC